AUGAAGGUACCACAAGACCUCAUCGUAAAGCCAGCAAGCGAUGUCAAUGUCACGCUCUCACCUUCAGCCUCGUCUGGCUGUAUUGAUCUAACGGACGUAUCUGAUGACGGACCACAAGCAGACAAGGUUUCACUUCUGCAAGAUUCUGUCAGAAGCAACCUCGUGCAGCACUGCUACACGCAACUGUCAGAAGUGAACAGCGUCGCACGAUUCUUUGCAGUAACUCACCAGCAGUUGCUAGAUGGGAUCCAGUUGCCUGGUACCAGCAAAGUUCUGAGGCACUACCAGCUCGAGGCCAUCUUCAAUUUCUUUCAGCGAGCAAGUCAAGCUAGUAGCAACGAUAGAAACAAGUCUAGGCACGGGAGCUUGCUAUGUGACGAAACUGGCCUAGGAAAAUCGUACUGUGCUCUUGGAGUUCAGGCUGUGACAAGGCUAAUAUACAUUGCUUUGGAUGACAUUUCCAAUCAUCCUACACGCCACAACCAAGAUAAUAUUAUCGAUAUCGAAGAUAUGAACCAGCAAUGCCCUUCAGGGAGAGCUUUCGGCAUUGAAUGCCCUUGCAUGCCAGGCUCACAGAGCAAAGCGUAUGCACGCACCUUGAACGGCGGAGCGACCUUUAUGAUUGUACCCGCGCAUCUAGUACAAGAGUCGCAGACAAAAUCAAAACAAUUCUUUGAACCUACUACUCGAACAACUGCCGAACCACUCUGUGAGGUUCUUGUAUACGAGUCAGCGAGCAUGCUGGUGCGAUACGAACCGGGUUUGCACACAGACGGCCCUGCUCAGCACGAGACUGUUGAUCCGCAUGCUAUUCAUGCUGUAUUGCCAGCGAUGGGCACGUUUAAAUCCGCGCCGGCAACCAAACGGCGUGAUUGGGAAUCCUGGACGGAGAUGGUUGCCGAUUGCGGUCCGCAAACUACACCGGCCCCCCCCCCCCCCCGCACCAUCAGUGCUCGAUGGUAA